CCAAUGUAGCACUACCAAAAUAUUCUAGAACCCUCUUAUCCUUUGCAUAAAAUCCCUUCUAUAAACAAAUUCAGAAGUUUCUAGGGUUUUGUUAUCUCUUUUAUUACACCCACCAAACGAAUUUUCUCACACUAAACUCAUUUGAACCAUAAGAAAUGGCAGCAACACAGUUGACAGCAUCUACAGUUUCAGUGAAAGGGUUUGCAUCAUUUGAAGGGCUGCGGCAAAAUUCUGUAAAAAUCUCAUCCUUUUCACCUCUUAAGCAAAAUGGUCUCUCCCUCAGGUCAUUCCGCGGACUUACUGUUAAGGCUGCCACUGUUGUUGCCCCUAAGUACACUGCACUCAAACCCUUGGGUGAUAGAGUUCUAGUGAAGAUUAAGACUGCAGAGGAGAAGACAACAGGUGGUAUCUUGCUACCAACAACAGCGCAGACAAAACCCCAGGGAGGUGAAGUAGUUGCCAUUGGAGAGGGUCGUACAAUUGGAAAGAACAAGGUGGACAUUAGCGUGAAGACUGGCACCCAAGUGGUGUACUCCAAAUAUGCAGGGACAGAAGUCGAGUUCAAUGGAUCAAAUCACCUCAUUUUGAAGGAGGACGAUAUUGUUGGAAUCCUUGAUACUGAUGACGUUAAGGAUAUGAAGCCCCUGAAUGACGGAGUUCUCAUUAAGGUAGCUGAGGCUGAAGAGGUAACUUCUGGAGGCUUGUUGCUAACAGAGGCAAGCAAGGAGAAACCCUCAAUUGGCACGGUGAUUGCAGUCGGGCCUGGCCCCCUUGAUGAGGAAGGUAACAGGAAGCCAUUGUCAGUUAUCCCCGGGAACACAGUUUUGUACUCCAAAUAUGCAGGAAACGAUUUCAAGGGCAGUGACGGUUCUAACUACAUAGCACUAAGGGCUUCAGAGGUCAUGGCUGUCCUUUCUUAGUUGGUUCAGCAAAAGCGAAACUUGAGAAAUUUGUUGUAAUCCGGAUCAAUAUGACGACUUUUUGCAGCGUAAUGAAAGAAAUCAAAGUGUAAUGAUUUUUCAGUUCGAGAACCAUUUGUUGUUCUUUGUAGUCGUUUAAAGAGCUGCUUGUCUGUGUCCUUAUUUUCCAGUUUCUGAUAUCUCACAAAAGAAUUCCAGUCCUAAAUGAAUAUUUUCUUGAACUG